AUGACUGAUGCAGUGUUCUUCCAUGUGUUAUUCGAUGUCCUCGACAACCCGAACACUGGUGCUGUGGUUGACUCGGUCCACAAAAUUAUUGCUAUGAAUGGCAUUCCUCAGGCCGUUGUCAUGGACCCGGGAAGUUGCUUUCCUUCCAGUGAUUUCAAGAUGUACCUCAAGUCCCAAGCUAUUGCCUAUACCUACCUACCACGAGAUGCUCAACAUCUUGGAGGCUUUCAUGAACGAGUACAUGGGACUAUAUUGCAGCAAGUGAGGGGUCGGUUGGCGAGAGCUGAGCUGCAGGCUGAGCCCAUAACCUUCUUGACUAUCUAUAGUGAAGCUGUGGCCAGUGUGAAUCGCCUCCCUUUGACCGACUUUGGAGGACUAACCCCCUUCGAAUUAUAUCAUCGACGACGCCCUCGUUAUCUUGCUGGUUCCUGCACUGGUGAGGAUGCCAGACUAGGUCAACAACUUAUUGAUGAAUGGUUUCCCGGCUUACGACGUGAUGAACAAGAUGUUCUAGAGUCUGGCCUACAAAUGCUAUGCGAAGAAAUCUAUGAGCGACGAUGCCAAAGUAUGACUGACUACUUCAACCUCUGGAAGGAGCGAAAUGAUAGAGUUCGUCAGAGGAUGCAACGAGCUGCUCAACAGCGAGGCCCUGAUCCGACUAUUGAUGUAGACGACAAAGUCCUUAGGUUCCGUACAAGGAGCCAUGAGCAAGAGAGUGGUUGGCAGGGUCCCUAUAUUGUCACUUGGAAGAAUCAAGACACUUUAUAG